AUCAAAGUCAACCUUUCCUUGAAACAAAAAACAAAUCUUUCUUACAUUCUCGACCUAUAUUCAACGAAGUGCAGACAAUGGUAGAUGUUACAGUAUAAAUCAAUGGCGGACUUCUCCACAUGUCGAUCGAGAACCCGUCAUGGAGAAGAACAAGUGUAGGAUUCUUCUCACUUGUCUUCUCUUCAUCUUCAUCUCGCUGGCUUCUGGGUCCGAAGCUCGUGAAAAGGACGGCGUAGAUGGCGGCGGUUCGGGCAAGGAAGACGUUCGAGUCGGUCUGGUUCUUGACAUGGCUUCCACGGAGGGGAAGAUUGUCAAAAGCUCUGUUUCCAUGGCGCUUUUAGACUUUUACAGCAUUAACAGUGGCUACAGAACAAGAGUCUCUGUUUCAGUGAGAGACUCUCAUGGCGAGCCUCUCCAAGCUCUGGCUUCUGCCGCAGAUCUCCUGGAAAAUGCAGAAGUGGAAGCAAUCAUUGGUGGGCAAUCGUUGCUCGAAGCAAAGCUUUUGGCAGAGAUUGGGGAGGAAGCAAAAGUUCCGGUGAUUUCUCUUCACGUGUCUAGCUCGUUAUUCUUGAAGAAAUAUAGUCACUUCAUUCAAGCCACGCAUGAUCCUACAUCCGAGGCGAAGGGCAUUUCCGCUUUCAUCCGUCGUUUCGGCUGGAAAAGUGUUGUUCUUGUCUAUGAGGAUGAUAAUGAUGACUGGAGAGAUAGCAUGCAACUCUUGAUGGAUCAAUUUCGAGAGAAUGACAUCCACAUUGUGCAUAAGAUUGGAUUUGCAGUCUCAUCUAGGGAGAGUUAUUUCUCAGAAGAGCUGCGACAACUUAAGGACUUGGGAACGAGGGUUUUUGUCGUGCAUGUGUCUGAAAAUCUCGCCUCUCGUCUCUUCCCAUGUGCAGAGAGGUUAGGAAUGAUGGGAAAAGGUUAUGCCUGGAUCCUCACCGCGAAAACCAUGAAUCGUUUCCAGUACAAGGAUCCUUUUGUGAAGGAGAUGAUGGGUGGGGUGGUAGGUUUCAGGUCUUAUAUUCCAUUAUCAGAAGAUCUUUACAACUUCACCGUGAGAUGGAGAAGAUCGUUGCCCGUUGAAGAUGUCGGAGCAGAAAUAAAAGGGUUGAGCAUCUCUGGCAUAUGGGCGCACGAUAUUGCUUGGAGCCUAGCGAGUGCAGCAGAGAUAUCAAGGCUGACAACACGUAAUCGUUGUUCUAAUGUUAUCAAUGUUGCCGAAACUAGAGCAUCUUCAAACGUAUCAGCUUUACUCGAGGAAAUCAUUCAGAGUAACUUCAAGGGUUUGAGUGGUGACAUUCGAUUCAUCAAUAAAAAGCUUUCCUCGGAAAGAUACGAAAUUGUAAAUAUCGUAGGAACGGGUGAGAGAAGAGUGGGACUCUGGACUUCCGGAAGUUUCAGCAAUAGAAGAAGACAUUUAUCUUCUAACAAUGAGCUGGAGACCAUCAUCUGGCCUGGAGGAUCUUCUACAGUUCCGAAAGGCCGUUGUCUAGAAGAUGUAAGCAAAAAAAAGCUCAGGGUUCUCGUUACCUCGAGCAAUAAGUUCCCUAGACUGGUAGAGGUACAUACUGAUCCAAUAACAGGUGUCAUUACGGCCAAUGGAUACUGUAUAGAAGUUUUCGAGACUGCCAUUGCCCCUUUCAACUAUGAGGUGGAGUACAUACUUUGGCGUAAUGGAAGUAAUUACAACAAUCUUGCUUAUGCAGUCUAUAGCCAGAAAGACAAGUAUGAUGCUGCUGUUGGGGACAUCACGAUUACCGAUAACAGAUCUAUGUAUGUUGAUUUUACGUUGACGUUCACAGAUAUGGGUCUUGGAAUGGUGGCAGUGAAGGACAAAAGCAUGUGGAUUUUCUUUAGGCCUCUUACCCCAUGCCUUUGGCUGACUACUGCAGUUUUCUUCGUCUUGACGGGGAUUAUAGUCUGGCUGAUAGAACAGCCUGAUAAUGCCGAGUUCCAGGGCUCGUGGUUCCAGCAGAUUGGAACAAUGCUCUGGUUCGGAUUCUCUACCCUUGUGUAUGCUUACAGGGAGAGGCUGCAAAAGCACUUGUCGAGAUUUGUGGUUCUAGUUUGGGUCUUUGCAGUGCUUAUUUUGACUUCAAACUAUGCUGCAACAUUGACAUCAAUAAUGAUGGUCCAACAGAUACGAUUAAGGUCAAGCCAGAACUACGUUGGGUUCUUCUCCGGUUCACCAAUCGUAAACGUGGUUCUGAACAGUUCUUCCUUCCAGAGUCCAAGAUACAGACAGUUCAGUGCAUUCGAUGACUACGCGAGUGCUAUACGGAAUGGAAAUGUCUCAUUUAUCGUCGACGAAAUUCCAUACCUUCAGGUCGCCCUUGGAGAAUAUCCCAAAGACUUAUACAUGGUUCAAACAGAAAUCAUCACCAAUGGCUUCGGUUUUAUGUUCCAGAAAGGUUCUCCUUUAGUUUGGAACGUGUCACGGGAAAUCGCGAAACUAAGAAGAACAGGAAACUUGGAAGCCAUGAAGAACAGGUGGUUCCAGAGACAACCUGCCUACACAGCAAUGGACACAUCCGACCCUCUUACCCUUUACAAGUUCCGUGGUUUGUUUAUGAUCACUGGAAUUUCUUUUGGUUUCGCCCUCACCAUUCUUCUCUCUCCCUGGCUCCAAGAGAAACGAAAAUUCUUGAUAAAAGUUCUCUACAUAUAUGUCGAUCAGCAACUCGGCUCCUUCAGAAGGUUCUUUGCAAGAGCUGUUCAUCCUGGGCCUCCCACAACCGCAGAAAUACCCAACAGGGAACCCGAUACCGCAAUCUAGAUGGUACCCUUUACUGUCUUUUCUCUGCAUAUAUCUAUCGGGAUCACGCAAGAACCGGCCAUUGCAAGUACCUUUUCUGUCGGACCGGAAGAACCCUUCAUUGUUACGAUAGUGUUAGGUUUAGCUGUAUUGUGUACAAUGAAUAACUGUGAGAGAGAGCUGUUAUCAUUAAUGCAACAAUCACAAAUUUAUGUUAAGUUUUUCUUUUCCGGAAUAAUACAGUGAAGUUGAUAGA